CAAUUCAAACGGCUCCCCGGAGCAAAGUCACCGAGUUCAUCAGACCCGCCUCCAACCUCGUACAGGGAUGUGCUGCCAAUGUGAAAAUCCUGGAUAGCUGCUCCUGACAGGAAGCAGAGCGGCUACCAAGCUGAAUAUCACUCACCGAGGAACAAGUCUGUGCCCUGAUACCUAAAGGCACCCCCGUACUGGGUUACUGAGAGACAGCAGGACAGCUCCAACAGCAGCUCCGGAAACAAUAGCAGUACAGAGCUCUAAUACUGAGAGAACAGGAGGACAGAGCUCCAACAGCGACAGAACAGGAGGACAGAGCUCCAACACCCAGAGAACAGGAGGACAGAGCUCCAACAGCGACAGAACAGGAGGACAGAGCUCCAACAGCGACAGAACAGGAGGACAGAGCUCCAACACCCAGAGAACAGGAGGACAGAGCUCCAACAGUGAGAGAACAGGAGGACAGAGCUCCAACACUGAGAGAACAGGAGAACAGAGCUACAACACUCAGAGAACAGGAGGACAGAGCUACAACACUCAGAGAACAGGAGGACAGAGCUCCAACACCCAGAGAACAGGAGAACAGAGCUACAACACUCAGAGAACAGGAGGACAGAGGUACAAUACUCAGGGAACAGGAGGACAGAGCUCCAACAGCGACAGAACAGAGGACAGAACUCCAACAGCGACAGAACAGGAGUACAGAGCUCCAACAGUGAGAGAACAGGCGGACAGAGCUCCAACACAGAGAGAACAGGAGGACAGAGCUCCAACAGUGAGAGAACAGGAGUACAGCGCUCCAACAGUGAGAGAACAGGCGGACAGAGCUCCAACACCCAGAGAACAGGAGGACAGAGCUACAACACUCAGAGAACAGGAGUACAGCGCUCCAACACCCAGAGAACAGGAGGACAGAGCUACAACACUCAGAGAACAGGAGGACAGAGCUCCAGCACUCAGAGAACAGAAGGACAGAGCUACAACACUCAGAGAACAGGAGGACAGAGCUACAACACUCAGAGAACAGGAGGACAGAGCUCCAGCACUCAGAGAACAGAAGGACAGAGCUACAACACUCAGAGAACAGAAGGACAGAGCUACAACAGUGAGUCACUGAGAGACGGCAGCAACAGCCCGAAAGCUUGGCUUUUAAGAGAGAACAAGGAAGCAGCGCCCGGGGGUGGGGGGGAAGAACUGAAGAGCGCCAAGCGAUAUCCGAAUGUGUCCCUCAGGCUCCCAGCAACAGGCAACCGAGGGAAUCUGACAGCAGCGGCCGGAGAUGGAGAAGCAUGCCUCAUCCGAAAGCUCGGAGCUGCAAGCAGAUAACACGGGCGAGGGGGCGGAGAGGUCAGAGCCGGACGGCGAGGACCCCAGCCCGGCCGAGAGCGGCUCCUGCCCGGGGGCGUGCGAGCUGGAGUGCGACAUCUGCUUCAGCGGCUUCGACAACGUCUUCAAGCUGCCCAAGCUGCUGGCAUGCGGCCACACCUUCUGCCUGGAGUGCCUGGCGAGGAUCAACGUCAGCUCGGAGACGGUGAGCUCGGUCAGCUGCCCGCUGUGCCGGCGCCUCACGCCGCUGCCCUCGGGCAAGGGGCUGCCAGCGCUAGACAACAACCUGGCGGUGCUGCGGCGCCUGCCCUCCGGGAUGCGCAGCGUUCCGUCCAUCCGGUUCAGCCGCGACAAGGGCAGGCUCUACACCACCACCAGCGGCCCGGAGCCCAGCUCCUUCCUCAAGCCGACGCAGCUCAGCAGCGUCAGCCUGAGCCUGGACGUGGGGCAGCCGGCUCACCGCAGCAGCUCGGACACCCCGCCACGGACCCUCGCCUGGCUGCCCUUCCGCUCCAGCAGCUGCUACUACGUGGCCAUCGGCUUCGUACUCAUCUUCACCGUGGCGCUGGUGCUCUCCGGCAUCUUCCUCUUCGUCAUUGUGCCCACCCGCAGCAUCGCCGGCGCGGGCCCCAGCGGCCGGAACGGCACCACCCAGCGCCCCUAGGUCCCUCUCCCCAACACACAACCCAUCCCCUCACUGCUUUCCUGAGCGGUGCCAAUCUCCCUUUCUCUCGCUCUCUCACACACAGAUGCACACACACACAGACACAGAGAGACACAGGCACACACACACACAGACACAGACAGACACAGGCACACACAUACACAGACAGACACAAACACACACAGGCACACACACACAGACACAGACAGACGCAAAUACACACAGACACAGACACGCACACACCAACAUAGACAGACACACACAGUCAUGCAUAAACAGAUGCACAUCUGCGCGCGCGCACACACACACAUUAUUGACAGACAUACACACACAGACAGGCAGCCACACAGACACACACGUGCAUUCAGACACACACAGACACACAUGUGCACACACACAGACACACGUGUGCACACACUUGUAUGCACACAGACAUAUAGACAGACACACGCAUAAACAGAUUACAUGUGCGUGCGCACGCGCACACACAUUAUUGACAGACACACACACAGGCAGACAGCCACACACACACUCAUACACAUGCACACAGACACACACACACACAUGCGUGUCACACAGACACGCGCACACGCAUACACAGUCACACACAUGUGCAUGCACACAGACACACACACGCGUGUCACACAGACACACACACACUCAAAAUACCUUUUACAGAAACCUGAGGGACAGGUGGUGCUGCACUGCCACAUGUAGGUGGCUUCAGGUCGUAGAAGUUCGUGGAAUCCCCUACAGGGCAGGAAGAGGACAUUCAGCCCAUCAGGUCCUGCUCCAAAGAGCAUCCCAUCCAGACCCCGCCCCUACCUAUCCCUGUCACCCUACCCUGUCCCUAUAACCCUCCCCAUCCCUGUAACCCUGUAAAUUUACUAUUGCCAAUCCACCUAGCCUGCGCAUCUCUGGACACGAUACCAUGGCCAACCCACCUAACGUACACAUCCCUGGAUACUACGGGACAGUUUACCACGGCAAAUCACCUAACCCGCACAUCCCUGAGACACUAUGGGAAAGUUUACCAUGGCCAAUCCACCAUAACCUGCACAUUUUUGGACUGCGGGAGGAAACCGGAGCACACCAAAACAGACAGUCACCCGAGGCUAGAAUCGAACGUGGGACCCGGGCGCUGUGAGGCAGCAGUGUUAAUCACUGAGCCACCGUGCGUGCAAAAGCAUCUCCGAACAGGUUGGUCAGGGGAGAACAUCUGAAACACAGAACAGCCAAUGCUGGGAAUCCAAAACAAAACAAAGGCACAGAAACUGGAGAAACUCAGUCGUGUCUGUGGGGAGAGAAAACAAGAGUUAAUAGGAUGAGUCCUGUCCUAAGAUAGGGUCACUCUGAUGCUGCUGAGCUUUGCCAGGACGUCUCUGUUUUUUUUUGCUGCACGUUUCCAGCAUCUCCUCAGUUUUUUGUAUCAUUUAGAACUUCACUUAACACAAAGUCGUAAAAGACUUGCACGGUCAGAAGCCAGGUCCUAGUGCCUCUUCACACUCCUCCCCUACCCAACCCAAUCCAAGGACAAAACUGAACUUUGCCUUCCCCAUUUUCGAACAUUCCUGGGUCCUGUUGGCUGCUGGCACCUCGCUUGGAGCUCUCCAUCCAGUGACUCUGAGGACAAGUCUUCGACUUUGUUCGGCGAUCGCCAGGAGGCCGAUCUGCAUUCGGAUAUCGCCCCUUGAUGCCCGUGGACCAUCCCGAGGCAAUUUCACCAGUGAACGGUCAAGCAGUGUCUCGUCCGCGAGGCAGGUCGAGAGAUCCUCGGGCAGCUAACCAACGGAGCCCCUGGGAUAGGCGGGGAUGUGGAGGUGAGUCCACAAACAGAUUCCACCCCCACCCCCCCUCCUCUCGGACUUGUGAAAGGGGCAGACAGCGGCCCACACCAGCUCCCAAUUCGUGUGUAACCAAAAACCUCUUCAAAGUGGCGCAUCUUGCAGGACAUGAAAUUAUGCCGUUAUUGGAUAAGGCCUUCCAGAAAUUAGGAUUUAAAUGGCGGAGUCGUGAACACAGAAAUGGAAAUGGAAGGUGUGCAGCGAUCUCCUAGUUCUGUGGCACUGGACGAGAUGACAAAGAUUGGAAAUAGGCGAGGUUGCUGUGGGGGGGGCGGGAAUUAAAACGAAAAAGCCAUAAAUCCUGUAUGUGAGGCACUGUCAUAUUCUCAGGAAGAAGUCAGCAAGUGGUUGGGAGUGAGCAGGAUUUGAAACGCGUUAAGACGGUUUGGAUGAGCUACGGAUGAUGGAUGCUGGGCAGGAGGGAAUCGGCAAUAGCCAAAAUCCAGAGAAUAGAGAGUCGUAGGUGAGAGUUUCAGAGGUGGAGGAGUUAGAACAGGUUUGGCACAAGGCAGUGUCAGGCAGUUUCUCGGUGGACGCUCUCGGCAAGAGAGGAUAUGGAACCUGGAAACUGAACUGAGAAGAUACAACCAUUUAAAUGAUUCAAUGAGCAUCAAUAACAAGUGCCCAUGUAGGGGACUCCUGGAGAGGUGGACUCCUCAGCUGCUUCAGAAAACCUAACCCGCAAAAGCCAAAGACACAACUUGUGAGUCACGUCGGACAUUGCUUUCUGGUUCGUUCAAUGGUUUUGUUUCUCCAUCGCCUCAGACUCAUGGCAACGAGCGUCCAUACAUCUCCGGCCCACCGGGAAUCGCAGAAUGUUUCCAGACCUUCUUGGUGACUCUCUCCAAGGAGGUGGGGAUGGGGCUGGCUGGGGGGAUGGGGGAGAAGUAUCAUGCUGUACUUAUGGUGAGUGGCCAACCGAGCCAUUCCAAACCAGAAAGGUCAGCAGGUUGUUCUGGCUCAGCUAACUCAGCCUGGACAAGUGAAACCAUAGCAUUACCCAUGGUCUCAGGAAGCCUCGCAUUAGCUAAGAGAAACAGCAGCCAAGUGUGAGUCAGGAGGGUGAUGGAAUACUCCCCAUGUGCCUGGAUGGGUGCAGCCCCAACAACAUUCAGAAAGCUUGACACCAUUCAGGACAAAAGCCACCCAUUUGAUUGGCAUCACAUCCACAAGCAUCCACUCCCUCCCCCACCGACACUCAGUAGCAGCAGUGUUCAAAAUGCACAGCAAAAAUACACCAAAGAUCCUCAGGGAGCGCUUUCCAAACCCACAACCAUCUCCAUCUAGAAGGACAAGGGCAGCAGAUACAUGGGAACACCAUCACCUGAAAGUUCCCCUCCAAGCCAAUCAUUACCCUGACUUGGAAAUAUAUCGCCGUUCCUUCACUGUCGCUGGGUCAACAUCCUGGAAUUCCCUCCCUGAAGGCAUUGUGGGUCAACUCACAGCAGAUGGGCUGCAGCGGUUCAAGAAGGUAGCUCACCACCACCUUCUCAAAGGGGCAACUAGGGUCAGGUAAUAAACGCUGGGCCCAGCCAAUAACGCCCCACAUCCCACAAAUUAAUAGAAGUAAAUCCUGUCCCUGAUCUCAGCCCAGUGGCUAAACUUACUUGCAGAUGAAACCAAACUCAGCAGUGAUGUUCCUUCAGACCGCCAUCCCCAACACCCUCGCCCUCCCAACUCAAUCCACCCUCUGUCACCAAUCUGUCCAUUGCCCAACUCUACAAGGUGGGUGGGGGAGGGGAGUAGAUUUGCAACUGAAGGGGGCCAGUGCAUCUCAGCGAUAGAUACCUUUGCCCUCAGACAAGAGGGCAGGAGGAUUUGGUCUGACUUUGUAAAUGGCUGCCAGAAAUUACUACUCAACCCAAUUCUUAAACGAUACAGUUCAAAAGAGAAGGAGAGGUGGGCACAGGCACAGCAGGGACAUAACCAAAAGGACACCUGACACAGGGUGAGGUACAUCUGGGGGGGUGUCACACAAGGUACACCUAGCCCAUAGUGAACUGUUUUUGGUUCACAAUAGAUUCUUGGCCCCAGGCGAACAAUACUUCUUCCAUUUGCAAAGUGUAGCCUUAACUGGGGAAGGUACGCCCAAUUCCAGUCCCACACUGCUCCCCCCGCCUCUUAAUUUACUGUGCAGUCAUUGUGUACACUUUGCAUGUUGCAUAUAACACAAUCAUCUUUCAUGUUAUAUAUUUAUAUUUCUCGGCUUUGUUCUGUUAAUUUCUUUUCGAUAUGAACUUUUUAAAGGUGGGAGGUCCUUCAAUCCUUGUCAGGCUCCUCUUUCCACAGAGAGCUGGCUUCCUUCGCAAAAUGAGCCAUCAAUGUUUUUAAAUAUUAAACAAAAGUUUGAUUCAUCAAAA